CUCUCUAACUCAUCAUCAUACCGUACAUCCCUGAUUCAAAAUCAAAGAUCAGAUCUUAUCAAUAGUUCAACCAGUUAAAUCAAUCACACAUCCGUCAUAAAGUAGCCCGUUCCUCACCUGAUCCCUGCAAAAGUAGAAGCCUCCCGCGCCAUUUUGAUUUUCCAAAAAUCUAACAAAAAUAAAAAAAUAAAAUACAAAUCCGAUUUUUCUCACAAAACAAGCGAGAGAGAGAGAGAGGGGCCGAAGAGACUCAAGAGCCACGGAACGAGAGAGUGAGAGUCGAUGAAGAGGAAUACCCUAACAAAGAGAAGCUACAGGAAGAGUAAUAGGAGGAGGGAGGGUAGCAGCACCGCCAAAAUGAAGCGCCCGUUAGUAAGUCACCUGCAGCAAGGCCAGCACCACCAAAUCCAAUCAUCCUCUUCCACCUCAGCAGCAUCAUCGUCUCGAUUCCAGAACCUUUUGGACUCCGAACUAACCGAUCCUCAGCUGGCUGCCGAGGAUGUUGAUGAAAGAGAUUUCAUCCUCAGUCAGGAUUUCUUCUGCACUCCAGAUUAUAUCACACCAGACAAUCAAAAUCUACUUUGCAGUUCUGAUUGCAACAAGGAAAACAUUCAGUGCCCCAAAUCACCGGAGAAAGUGAACACUGCCAAAAUAAAAAAGCUUCGACAGGUUCAUCCUUUCAGCCCUACAUUGUCGGACCAGCAACAAAUUGUGGAUAUUGGGAAAGAUAACAUCAAUUCAGAGGAAAUGAUGAUUGAGAAAACAUCAACUGCUGAAUUAAAGAAGCCUCAAAAUUAUGUAUCACAAUCUGCUGUUUAUCUACGCUGUCGGGUCAUGCCCCCUCCUUGCAUCAAGAACCCAUAUUUAAUGGAUGCUUCAGAAGUGGGUAUAGAUCCAUUUGGCAAUCAGAGAUCAAAAUGCGCAGAAUUUUUUCCUGCAUUUGUCCACGGAGAUGGCCUAUCACGCUAUCACAUAGAUUUUCACGAGAUCCAGCAAAUUGGAACUGGGAACUUCAGUUGUGCUUUCAAAGUUCUGAAAAGAAUCGAUGGUUGCUUGUAUGCGGUGAAGCAUAGCACAAGGCAGUUGCAUCAGGACACAGAAAGGAGGAAAGCAUUGAUGGAGGUUCAAGCUCUAGCAGCUUUAGGAUGUCAUGAGAACAUUGUUGGAUACUACUCUUCUUGGUUUGAAAAUGAGCAACUCUACAUUCAGAUGGAACUCUGUGAUUGCAGCUUAUCUGUCAAUAGAUCUUCCAAAUCCUUAACAGAGGGAGAAGCACUGCAAGUCUUGUUUCAGAUUGCAAAGGCAUUGCAGUUUAUUCAUGAGAGAGGAAUAGCUCACCUGGAUGUGAAACCUGAUAAUAUUUAUGUCAAGAAUGGAGUUUAUAAGCUUGGUGAUUUUGGAUGUGCAACUCUUCUUGACCAGAGUCUACCAGUUGAAGAGGGUGAUGCACGUUAUAUGCCUCAAGAGAUCCUGAACGAGAACUACAAUUAUCUUGACAAAGUUCACAUCUUUUCCUUGGGAGCAGCUAUUUAUGAACUUAUUAGGGGGUCAAAUUUGCCACAAUCAGGAUACCAGUUUAUGAACCUUAGGGAGGGAAAACUGCCCCUUCUUCCUGGUCAUUCGUUGCAACUACAAAACUUACUAAAGGUCAUGGUCGAUCCUGAUCCCAUCCGGAGGCCUUCUGCUAAGGAAUUAGUGGAAAAUCCAAUAUUUGAUAAGUUUCAGAGAAAUCUUAAAUCCCAAGCAAAAGCUUAACUGGAUUUUGACAGGGACAGUUUUGUAUGUGGCUGCAAAUGAUCAGUUACCCUACCAAGAGGCCCAGUUAGAUUAUGAAUGGCCAAUUUUGUGAAAAACAGUCCCUUUUGUAGUACAGACUCCAAAAUUUCUCCCCUGCUGGGUGAAUUAUGAGGUAUGUACUGCACUCAUCAAAUGCUGCGUUUUGAAUUUAAGGUAUGCAAUUGUAAUGAAAAUGCCCAUUUAAGGUA